AUGAAGAUAAGCAAACAGCAUCGUCUGUUGUUAGCCGCACCACGUGACCACCAGACGACGUUUAAAAGAAUUGAAUGCUGCCAACCAAGAGCAGAAGUAGCAAGCUGCAGAAAAAACAGUCAGUAUUUUACUGUCGACACCAGUCACACAAUGGACACUUACCUCAGUCAAACCCGGAAAAGCGUGGAAUGCAUAUCUGAUUAUGAAACUAUCCAUGCAGUAUUAGGGAAUGCAGCAGCUGAUUUGGACUCUGUGAUUUCAUCCCUUGUUCAAGCAUUCUAUUUGUAUCAAAUAAACAGUUCUCCCAAAACACUUAUUGUUCCAGUACUGAACAUUCCAAGAAGUGAUUACUACCUAAAGACAGAAACAAUACAUAUUUUGAAACAACAUAGAAUCACAGCUGAGCUGUUGACAUUCCGUGAUGAUUUGAACCUGCUUGAACUUCAUAACCUCAAGAAAUUGAAACUCACUUUAGUUGAUCAAAAUGUACUUCCCAAUAAGGAUUUACCUUUGGAAGAGUGUGUUGUCAGAGUGAUUGAUCACCGGUCUAGAGAGAGGCCAGAAUCAAGCUUUUGCAAUGUAACUGUUGAGCCAGUUGGAUCCUGCUGUACUUUGAUUGCUGAUGAGAUUUUUAAGGGUUCUUAUUCCAAUCAAAUUGAUGUCACUGUAGCAACUUUACUCUUCACUACCAUUCUACUUGACACUGUCAACAUGAGUAAGGAUGCAGGGCGUGGAACAGCAAAGGAUGAAGAGAUGUUGCAGCGUUUAGAAGUAGUGAUACCAAAUGCUUGUCGUGAGAAAACCUUCAAGGAAAUCCAAGAUGUCAAAUAUGAUCUAAGCAAUUUUACAACACUGGACAUUUUGCAAAAAGAUUUGAAAGUCAUAUCAGGAAAUGGAACAAGUAUUGCAAUGUGUUCUAUCACUAUGAAAAUACAAGAUUUUAUUAAACGUGAAGCUCUUGAAAACAGCCUUAAUAAAUUUGCUGAACUUCAAGCUACCAAAGCUGUUGUGCUAAUGGGAGUUAUUGUGAUAAAUGGAAAGACAUUACGAGACUUGGGAAUAUUUUCAUUGUCAAAGAAUUUUCAAGAUAAGAUAAUUGAAUCUUUAAAGACAUGUGAUACACCUGAUUUGAAUCUGGAAGUAAUUCCACAUGACUCCAAAAAUCUUGUUGUAUUUUCCCAAGGAAAUAACAAAGCAAAUCGGAAAAUGGUUCUUCCCAUCCUUAAAUCUCUUCUCACAUCUGAAGAUUUUUCCAGGUUAUUUAAAAAUCCAGAAAGCGAAAUUGAAUAUUCACAUCAUGGGAACUCUGCCUGUGGUGAACAAGGCGAUAAGGAUUUUGCUGCUGAAUUGCGAGAGAAACUGAGUCAAAUUGGUACAAAUGACUCUCUGCUUCAUGGUCCGGAGAAUGAAGGCAUUUUCUCUCCAGAAGAGUUGAGGUCUGGUAUCCAGCGAAUGUCUUUCACCAACACUUUGACUGAUGCUCCUCCCAACCAAAUUGCAAAUUUCUCUGCCGAGGCCUUGCGUCAAAAACUCGAAAAAAUUGCUCUCGAUGAAAAUGGGGCUGUGGGUGGAUUGAGGGAAUUUGCCUAUGACAGUGAUUCAGAUUCUGAGGCCAGUCCAUCUACAAUUACCGAACCAAGCAUUGAAGCCAUUAAUAAACAAACCAGCCAGAGUAGUUUUGAUACUUACUUGGAACCAGUCAUGCUCCGGCGACAAGGAAACAAGGAAGUAUUUCACACCACAGCUGGUAGGAUCAGUAUUUCUAUUGACAGUACCCCAGGUGAUGGUGUAUCCCCAUUGCUCCCUGACAGAGACAGUUCUGAAGAUAUUGGCAUUCUGGAUUACAACCAGACUCACCGUGAGGUAGGAGAAAUCUUGGCUCGGGCUAAAAGCGCCAUAUUGCGUGCCGAUGCUGAGCUUAUGUUGUCGUCCUCGUCCUUAUGUGCUGGUGUGGAUGCUUGCUUGCAGGUAAUCAGCUUAUUGUUUGGUCUAUGA